AUGCACGGCUUAUACACGAGCCUUGCGGCCUUGGCCCUGACGGGCGUGGCAAACGCGUCGUUCAAGCGUUGGGAGUACCCCGACUGCGAGCAGGACAACUGCUAUCGUAACUUCAUCGACGACCGCUUCACUGCCAUCGCUCCCGGUUUCUGCCUGGAGUUCCUGGCCAGCACCACCACCGAUGCUGCCGCCAUCCCGACCGAAUUCGCGAAUUGCGACAACGACAUUGCGGCUGUUAGCUCGGCUUGCUCGUGCAUAACUUACACUUACACGCACACCGCGUCUACGAGCUCUGCUAUACCGUCGUCUACGCCCGCCGAGUCAUACCCAGUCUCCACGACGUCGAGUACCGUGCUUAGCACUGCGCCUACUUAUUCGGCGAGCACGCCUACUUAUCCGGCGAGCACGCCUACUUACCCGGCGAGCACGCCGACUUACCCAGCGAGCACGUCGUCUGUCCCGUCCAGCUCUGCUGUCAGCACAUCCUCGAGCUACCCGGCGAGUAGCCCCUCGAGCUAUCCUGCCAGCAGCUCCAGCUACCCGGCGAGCAGCUCCUCGAGCUAUCCUGCCAGCAGCUCCAGCUACCCGGCGAGCAGCCCCUCAAGCUACCCGGUCAGCAGCGCCACGAGCAGCACCUCCAGCUACUCGGCAAGCACUCCUCCAAGCAGUUCGUCUACCUACCCGGUAGUCUCGUCAUCAAGCUAUGCCGCCAACUCCUCAUCGAGCUCGGCCUCAGAGACAUACCCUGUCUCGAGUGCCACGACGUACCCGAUAACCACAUCUUCCACCAGGGUGCCAUGGACGUACCCGAUUCCGCCGUCGCCGUCGCAGACGUACGUGUACAGCAACACGUCCGCUUCGUACCCGACGACGACAUACCCUGUCGAGACGUACCCGACAACGUACCCCGUCGAGACGUACCCGACGACGACGUACCCCGUCGAGACGUACCCCAUCUCGAUGACGACGUCAACCAUCUACUCCACAACUGUGCUAACCGUGACCUCGUGCGCCCCUACCGUGACGGACUGCCCCAACACGCCGCACGUCACGACUAGCACCAUCGCAAUCUCUACCACUGUGUGCCCCGUCACGACUCCUGUGGCGACUUCGGUCACCACUGCUGUGACCACUGCUGUGACGACGAUUUCCGUGACGGCCCCGGAGACCACGGCCGAGACAACGCCCGUCACGACUCCUGCCACCACCUACCCAGCAACAACAGCCGGCACCACCACCGUGGUCCUAAGCAGCGUCGGCACCGUCAGCACCGUCAGCACCGUCAGCACCGUCAGCACCGUCAGCACCGUCAGCACCGUCAGCACCGUCAGCACCGUCAGCACCGUCAGCGCCGUGUACCCCACCGGCACCACGGUCGUCACAUACAGCCAGAGCGAGAGCCAGAGCGAGACCCAGAUCCCGGGCCCGAGCACGUACCCCAGCUACCCCACAGGCAGCAACAGCACCACCGCGGACGUCACCAUCACGACAAGCUAUAUUAUCGGUACCGUCGUGCCGACCCCGAUGCCGGUCCCGACCUCGGCCACCACGACCACGAGCGCGGGGCCCGGCAGCUCGGGGACGGGAUACCCCGUUGUCCCGACGGCGGCGGCUGGACGUGUGGGUGUCGAGAUGGCGGUUGCGGCGCUGGGUGUUGUAGUUGUUGCUUUCUUGUAG